GACGUCUUCUUCGGAGCAUGAAGCAGCAUGUCCGAUAAAAUGUCCAGCUUCCUCUAUAUAGGGGACAUCGUGUCCCUGUACGCGGAGGGUUCGGUCAACGGUUUCAUCAACACGCUGGGACUGGUGGAUGACCGAUGUGUGGUGCACCCAGAAGCAGGGGACCUUGCCAACCCUCCCAAGAAGUUCCGAGACUGCCUCUUUAAGGUGUGCCCUAUGAACCGAUAUUCUGCUCAGAAGCAAUAUUGGAAAGCCAAGCAAGCUAAACAAGGCAACCACACAGAGGCGGCCUUGCUGAAGAAGUUACAGCAUGCUGCAGAACUGGAACAAAAACAAAAUGAAUCAGAGAAUAAGAAGCUAUUGGGAGAAAUUGUGAAAUACAGUAAUGUUAUACAACUACUGCAUAUAAAAAGCAACAAGUAUCUGACUGUCAACAAGAGGUUACCUGCUUUACUGGAGAAGAAUGCCAUGCGCGUGUCCUUGGAUGCUGCGGGAAAUGAAGGGUCUUGGUUUUAUAUUCAUCCCUUCUGGAAGCUGAGAAGCGAGGGCGACAAUAUUGUUGUUGGAGAUAAAGUUGUAUUGAUGCCCGUGAAUGCAGGACAGCCACUGCAUGCCAGCAACAUAGAACUACUCGAUAAUCCAGGGUGUAAAGAGGUGAAUGCUGUUAAUUGCAACACUAGCUGGAAAAUCACUUUAUUCAUGAAAUACAGUUCCUAUCGAGAAGAUGUACUAAAAGGAGGUGAUGUUGUUCGAUUGUUCCAUGCGGAACAAGAGAAGUUUCUGACUUGUGAUGAAUAUGAGAAAAAACAGCAUAUUUUCCUUCGUACAACCUUGCGUCAGUCAGCCACUUCUGCAACCAGCUCUAAAGCACUCUGGGAAAUAGAGGUAGUUCAUCAUGAUCCAUGCCGUGGGGGUGCAGGACAGUGGAACAGCUUGUUCAGAUUUAAACAUCUUGCAACCGGGAACUAUUUAGCUGCGGAGCUUAACCCUGAUUAUCGAGAUGCCCAAAAUGAAGGGAAAAAUGUGAGAGAUGGAGAUCUUCCAGCUUCAAAGAAGAAACGCCAGGCAGGGGAGAAGAUCAUGUACACUUUGGUUUCAGUCCCGCAUGGAAAUGACAUUGCGUCGCUUUUCGAACUGGAUGCCACGACUCUUCAGAGAGCGGACUGCCUGGUUCCAAGGAACUCAUAUGUUCGGUUAAGACAUUUAUGUACAAACACGUGGGUAACCAGUACUAGCAUCCCCAUAGACACGGAUGAAGAGAGGCCUGUUAUGUUGAAGAUUGGAACUUGCCAAACGAAAGAAGAUAAAGAAGCAUUUGCCAUUGUGUCUGUCCCACUGUCCGAGGUCCGAGACUUAGACUUUGCCAACGAUGCAAAUAAAGUGCUGGCAACUACAGUUAAAAAGCUGGAAAAUGGCACAAUAACCCAGAAUGAAAGGAGGUUUGUAACCAAGUUACUGGAAGACCUUAUCUUCUUCGUUGCUGAUGUACCUAACAAUGGACAAGACGUUCUAGACGUGCUUAUCACCAAGCCAAACCGAGAACGUCAGAAGUUAAUGAGGGAACAAAACAUAUUGGCGCAGGUAUUUGGGAUUCUUAAAGCACCCUUUAAGGAGAAAGCAGGAGAAGGCUCAAUGUUGAGACUUGAAGAUCUGGGGGAUCAAAGAUACGCCCCCUAUAAGUACAUGCUGAGGCUGUGCUACCGUGUGCUGAGACAUUCACAGCAGGACUACCGGAAAAAUCAGGAAUACAUUGCUAAGAAUUUCUGUGUCAUGCAGUCCCAGAUCGGCUAUGAUAUUUUGGCAGAAGAUACCAUCACAGCUUUGUUGCACAACAACAGAAAACUACUAGAGAAACACAUUACAGCAAAAGAAAUAGAAACAUUUGUUAGUUUACUCAGGAGAAAUCGAGAGCCAAGGUUUUUGGAUUAUUUAUCAGAUCUGUGUGUGUCUAAUACCACCGCGAUACCCGUGACUCAAGAACUCAUCUGCAAAUUUAUGUUGAGCCCAGGCAAUGCAGACAUUCUCAUUCAAACCAAACUGGUCUCAAUGCAAGGAGACAACCCCAUGGAGAGUGCCAUCCUUUCAGAUGACAUUGAUGAGGAAGAAGUUUGGCUCUACUGGAUUGACAGCAACAAGGAACCUCAUGGCAAAGCUAUUAGGCACCUUGCCCAGGAGGCAAAGGAGGGCACCAAGGCUGAUUUGGAAGUCCUUACCUAUUACAGGUACCAGCUAAAUCUCUUUGCAAGGAUGUGCUUGGAUCGCCAGUAUCUGGCCAUAAACCAGAUUUCUACACAGCUCUCUGUUGAUUUGAUCCUGCGAUGUAUGUCAGAUGAGAGCCUGCCUUUUGACCUCCGAGCAUCUUUCUGUCGCCUCAUGCUCCACAUGCACGUUGACCGGGAUCCCCAGGAGUCCGUGGUGCCUGUCCGCUAUGCCCGGCUCUGGACAGAAAUCCCCACGAAGAUCACAAUUCAUGAAUAUGAUUCUAUAACAGACUCUUCCAGAAAUGACAUGAAGAGGAAAUUUGCACUGACAAUGGAAUUUGUUGAAGAAUACUUGAAAGAAGUUGUAAAUCAGCCUUUUCCUUUUGGAGAUAAAGAAAAAAACAAACUGACAUUUGAGGUGGUUCACUUGGCUCGGAAUCUUAUAUACUUUGGAUUUUACAGUUUCAGUGAAUUGUUAAGGCUAACAAGGACUCUUCUGGCUAUCUUGGAUAUUGUCCAGGCCCCCAUGUCAUCAUAUUUUGAAAGAUUAAGCAAAUAUCAAGAUGGAGGGAACAAUGUCAUGAGAACCAUCCAUGGGGUGGGAGAGAUGAUGACCCAGAUGGUGCUCAGCAGAGGCUCUAUCUUCCCCAUGAGUGUGCCUGACAUUCAGCCCAGCCUGCACCCCAGCAAGCAGGGGAGCCCCACUGAUCACGAGGACGUCACCGUCAUGGACACCAAGCUGAAGAUCAUUGAGAUUUUACAGUUUAUCUUGAGUGUCAGACUAGAUUAUAGGAUCUCCUAUAUGCUGUCAAUAUAUAAGAAGGAAUUCGGGGAGAACAAUGGAAAUGCCGAAACGUCCACCAAUGGCUCUCCUGAUACUCUGCUGCCAUCAGCUAUUGUUCCUGAUAUAGAUGAAAUUGCAGCUCAGGCAGAAACUAUGUUUGCUGGAAGAAAGGAGAAAAAUCCAGUUCAACUGGAUGACGAAGGAGGCAGGACGUUUUUACGGGUCCUCAUUCAUCUGAUCAUGCAUGACUACCCGCCUCUGCUAUCAGGAGCCCUGCAGCUGCUGUUCAAGCACUUCAGCCAGAGAGCGGAAGUUUUACAGGCAUUUAAACAGGUGCAGUUGCUGGUGUCUAAUCAGGAUGUAGAUAACUACAAGCAGAUCAAAGCAGAUCUAGACCAGCUUCGACUUACUGUAGAGAAAUCGGAGUUAUGGGUUGAGAAGAGCAGCAGCUAUGAGAAUGGAGAAAUGGGUGAAAAUCAAGUAAAAGGUGGUGAAGAGCCAAUUGAGGACUCAAACAUUUUAAGUCCAGUGCAAGAUGGAACAAAGAAACCUCAGAUUGACAGCAAUAAGAGCAACAACUAUCGGAUUGUAAAGGAGAUUUUGAUUAGGCUCAGUAAACUCUGCGUCCAGAACAAAAAGUGUCGCAAUCAACAUCAACGAUUACUGAAAAAUAUGGGAGCCCAUUCAGUGGUGUUGGAUCUGCUGCAGAUACCGUAUGAAAAGAACGAUGAGAAGAUGAAUGAAGUAAUGAAUCUGGCUCACACAUUCCUGCAGAAUUUCUGUCGGGGAAAUCCACAGAAUCAAGUUCUCCUCCAUAAACAUCUGAAUUUGUUCUUAACCCCUGGUCUCCUUGAAGCAGAAACCGUGCGGCACAUCUUCAUGAACAAUUACCAUCUGUGCAAUGAAAUUAGCGAGAGGGUUGUCCAGCACUUUGUGCACUGCAUCGAGACACACGGCCGCCACGUGGAGUACCUAAGGUUUCUGCAGACGAUUGUCAAAGCAGAUGGGAAAUACGUGAAGAAAUGCCAGGAUAUGGUAAUGACCGAGUUGAUAAAUGGGGGUGAAGAUGUGCUGAUAUUUUACAAUGAUAGAGCAUCAUUUCCCAUCCUUCUUCAUAUGAUGUGUUCAGAGAGAGACCGAGGGGAUGAGAGUGGCCCCUUAGCCUACCACAUCACCCUUGUGGAGUUGCUGGCAGCAUGCACAGAGGGGAAAAAUGUCUACACUGAAAUCAAGUGCAAUUCCCUUCUGCCCCUGGACGACAUAGUGAGGGUGGUGACCCAUGAUGACUGCAUCCCUGAGGUUAAAAUUGCUUAUGUGAAUUUUGUUAAUCACUGUUACGUUGACACUGAAGUGGAAAUGAAAGAAAUCUACACAAGUAACCACAUUUGGAAAUUAUUUGAGAACUUCUUGGUGGAUAUGGCAAGGGUUUGCAACACAACCACAGACAGGAAGCAUGCAGACACCUUUUUGGAGAAGUGUGUUACUGAGUCAAUAAUGAACAUUGUGAGCGGCUUCUUUAAUUCACCCUUUUCAGACAACAGUACCAGCCUCCAGACACAUCAGCCAGUUUUUAUUCAGUUGCUCCAGUCUGCCUUCAGAAUUUAUAAUUGCACCUGGCCAAAUCCCUCCCAGAAAGCCUCAGUGGAGUCCUGUAUCAGAACUUUGGCUGAAGUAGCAAAGAAUCGUGGAAUUGCCAUUCCAGUGGAUUUGGACAGCCAAGUAAAUACUCUUUUCAUGAAGAGUCAUUCAAACAUGGUGCAGAGAGCAGCCAUGGGCUGGAGACUAUCAGCUCGCUCUGGACCACGCUUUAAGGAAGCUCUUGGAGGGCCUUCUUGGGAUUACAGAAAUAUUAUUGAAAAGUUACAGGAUGUAGUGGCCUCCUUGGAGCAACAGUUCAGCCCGAUGAUGCAGGCUGAAUUCUCAGUGUUGGUUGAUGUCUUGUACAGCCCAGAACUGCUGUUUCCUGAGGGAAGCGACGCGAGAAUAAGAUGUGGCGCUUUCAUGUCGAAGUUGAUUAAUCAUACAAAGAAACUGAUGGAAAAAGAAGAAAAAUUGUGCAUUAAAAUUCUUCAGACUUUACGAGAAAUGCUAGAGAAGAAAGACAGCUUUGUGGAAGAGGGUAAUACAUUAAGAAAAAUCCUCCUGAAUCGAUACUUUAAAGGUGAUUAUGGAGUCUCUAUAAAUGGACACCUCUCUGGAACCUACUGCAAAACUGCACAAGGAGGAGGAAGCUUUUCUGGGCAAGAUUCAGAUAAGAUGGGGAUAUCCAUGUCAGAUAUUCAGUGUCUCCUGGAUAAAGAAGGUGCAUCUGAACUUGUCAUCGAUGUCAUAGUGAAUACCAAAAAUGACAGAAUUUUUUCAGAAGGCAUCUUACUUGGCAUUGCCUUGCUGGAAGGAGGAAACACACAAACUCAGUAUUCCUUCUACCAGCAGUUACAUGAACAAAAAAAAUCGGAAAAAUUCUUCAAAGUUCUCUACGACCGAAUGAAGGCUGCUCAGAAAGAGAUAAGAUCAACAGUGACAGUUAACACCAUCGACUUAGGUAACAAAAAAAGGGAUGAAGACACAGAGCUGAUGACAUCUGGCCCACGGAUGAGAGUAAGAGAUUCAUCAUUACAUUUAAAAGAGGGAAUGAAAGGGCAGUUAACGGAAGCUUCUUCAGCCACAUCCAAAGCAUACUGUGUAUACAGAAGAGAAAUGGAUCCAGAAAUAGACAUCAUGUGUGCAGGACCUGAAGCAGGAAAUGCCGAGGACAAGUCCACCGAGGAAGUAACAAUGAGCCCUGCCAUUGCCAUCAUGCAGCCAAUUUUGAGGUUUCUGCAGUUACUCUGUGAGAAUCACAACCGGGAGCUGCAGCACUUCCUGAGGAAUCAAAACAACAAAACAAAUUACAACCUUGUCUGUGAGACCCUUCAGUUUUUGGAUUGCAUUUGUGGAAGUACAACAGGGGGCCUGGGACUCUUGGGUCUCUACAUCAACGAGAAGAAUGUAGUGCUGGUCAACCAGACUCUGGAGAGCUUGACUGAGUAUUGCCAAGGUCCAUGCCAUGAAAAUCAGACGUGUAUAGCUACUCAUGAAUCUAAUGGAAUUGAUAUCAUCAUUGCUUUGAUUCUAAAUGACAUAAACCCUCUUGGUAAAUAUCGAAUGGACCUGGUGCUCCAGCUAAAGAACAAUGCCUCCAAGCUUUUGCUGGCCAUCAUGGAAAGCAGGCAUGACAGCGAGAAUGCAGAAAGGAUUCUUUUCAACAUGAGACCCAGAGAACUGGUGGAUGUGAUGAAGAAUGCCUAUAACCAAGGAUUGGAAUGCGAUCAUGGGGAUGAUGAGGGCGGAGAUGAUGAUGUUUCCCCAAAGGAUGUUGGACACAAUAUCUAUAUCCUGGCCCAUCAGUUGGCCCGCCACAACAAACUUUUACAGCAGAUGCUCAAACCAGGAUCCGAUCCAGAUGAUGGCGACGAAGCCUUGAAGUAUUAUGCCAACCAUACCGCACAGAUUGAGAUCGUUCGGCAUGACAGGACAAUGGAGCAAAUAGUGUUUCCUGUCCCCAAUAUAUGUGAAUACCUCACACGAGAAUCCAAGUGUCGCGUAUUCAACACCACAGAGAGGGAUGAGCAGGGAAGUAAAGUGAAUGACUUUUUCCAGCAAACUGAAGAUCUCUACAAUGAGAUGAAGUGGCAGAAGAAAAUCAGGAGUAAUCCUGCCCUGUUCUGGUUCUCAAGGCAUAUUUCUCUUUGGGGGAGCAUCUCCUUCAACCUGGCUGUGUUCAUCAACUUAGCUGUGGCUCUCUUCUACCCAUUUGGGGACGAUGGAGAUGAAGGUACUCUUUCACCGUUGUUCUCAAUUCUACUUUGGAUAGCAGUGGCAAUCUGCACAUCUAUGCUGUUUUUCUUCUCCAAGCCUGUGGGUAUUCGGCCAUUUCUUGUGUCAAUAAUGCUGAGAUCAAUAUAUACAAUAGGUCUUGGGCCUACGUUAAUACUUCUUGGUGCAGCAAAUCUUUGUAAUAAAAUAGUGUUUCUGGUGAGCUUUGUUGGAAAUCGUGGUACGUUCACCCGAGGCUACCGAGCGGUCAUCCUGGAUAUGGCCUUUCUCUACCAUGUGGCGUAUGUCCUGGUUUGCAUGCUGGGCCUCUUUGUCCAUGAAUUCUUCUAUAGCUUCCUGCUUUUUGAUUUGGUUUAUAGAGAAGAGACUCUGCUCAAUGUCAUAAAAAGUGUCACACGGAACGGCCGAUCCAUUAUUCUAACUGCGGUUCUUGCCCUCAUCCUUGUCUACCUGUUUUCCAUUAUUGGGUUCCUUUUUCUGAAGGAUGACUUCACUAUGGAGGUGGAUAGGCUGAAAAACAGAACUCCCAUCACAGGUAGUAAUGCAGUUCCUACGAUGACUUUAACUUCAAUCCUGAGCACGUGCGAAAAGGACAAUUGCUCACCUACAAUACCAGCUUCAAAUACAGCUGAUGAGGAAUAUGAAGAUGGGAUUGAAAGGACGUGUGACACUCUUCUAAUGUGCAUUGUGACUGUCCUGAACCAGGGCCUCAGGAAUGGUGGAGGCGUGGGCGACGUGCUGAGAAGACCAUCGAAAGAUGAGCCCUUGUUUGCUGCCCGUGUGAUAUAUGACCUUCUUUUUUAUUUCAUUGUCAUCAUUAUUGUUCUGAACUUGAUUUUUGGGGUUAUCAUUGAUACUUUUGCUGAUCUCAGAAGUGAAAAACAGAAAAAAGAAGAAAUUCUAAAGACCACGUGCUUCAUCUGUGGACUCGAGAGGGACAAGUUUGAUAAUAAAACGGUUUCUUUUGAGGAACACAUCAAGUCAGAACACAAUAUGUGGCAUUAUUUGUACUUCCUAGUCCUGGUGAAGGUGAAAGACCCAACUGAAUAUACCGGACCUGAAAGUUACGUGGCUCAGAUGAUUGUGGAGAAGAAUUUGGACUGGUUUCCUCGGAUGCGAGCCAUGUCCCUUGUUAGCAAUGAAGGUGACAGUGAGCAAAACGAGAUUCGGAACCUGCAGGAGAAGCUGGAGUCAACCAUGAGUCUGGUCAAACAGCUGUCCGGCCAGCUGGCGGAGCUCAAGGAGCAGAUGACAGAACAAAGGAAGAAUAAGCAGAGACUGGGCUUUCUCGGAUCAAACACACCCCAUGUGAACCAUCACAUGCCACCACACUGAUACCAUGGGGGCAGCCGUGACUAGCCUUUCAUCAGUGUGCUGCCUGAUCACUGAAUAAAGAACUGAGACGGAGGGGAGUGAACAGUGCCUAUUGUUGAAAAGUUAAAAACAACCAAGUGCCAAGAUGUUGAGUGGUUUAGCUCGGAGAACAAUUUUUAACUGUGUUUUUCAUGGUUGAGAAGACCAAACUUAAAAUGCAGCCGCUAGAAAGCACACAUCACGCAUUCUUAAUGCAAAGUGAAGCCGCUUGCUCCAGUGGACAGUGAGAGGAGGGGGGAGGCAGGGGGGAAGGAGAUGCAGGGCAGAGAGAACUACCUUUGGCUGAAUCGAUAAGGGUCUGUUUUGUCUUUAAUGCUCACUGCAACCUUUGUCAUGAUUGGUUGGAAUGUCUUUCUUUUAAUUAUGGCAUCUGGGUCAGUGAUACAGGAAGUCAUAUUUUGGUGGCUAAGUUUUACUAAGGGAAAUAACUAAAAAGAUUAAAAAUGAGAGCUGCAAAUAAAAAAUGUUAAUGCUUCCAAAUCGUAGCUAUCACAGGCAAUUUCCUUAUUUAUAACAUGGAACACAAUGGAUUUAUGGCCCUAGGAACUAGUGCUUUGGAGCUUAUGUCCCUCAGCUGACAACACGACUGGAAUAUGAUUGCUUUCUCCCAGAUUCAGAGGGACUCUCGUCAAUACAGAGCACAAAAGGAGGCUUUCAUAUAAUUUGUUAACAUCAUGUUUCAAAUCAUGUAGAGACUAAGACUAUCAAAGAUUUGGGAACAAAAAAGCUGACAGUAAGCCCCAGAGAAGAAUUUUUUGAGAACGUAUGUGUGCUAUUGAAAUACAUUGAGAUUAAUGUAAAAUGCUUAAAGGUGACAGGAAAUACAGAGAAACUUAUGAUGGUGGCAUUGCCUUUUAUAAAUAUGGAGUAAAAGCUAUUUGAUUCAUGUUUGCUGUGCUUAAGAACUGAGUGGUUUUAUUUAUUCUAUUCCUGCAGUUAGGAAAACAAUCCAAGAAAUGUAUUGAAUACUCCAGAAAAUACAACGUUUCAAUUGUAUAUUUUAAACUCUAUAAGUAAGAGCUCUGCAAAAGGUAAAAAGAUAAUAAUCUCUUUCUCAAAUUGUUUUUAUGUUAAAUUAUGCAACCAGAAUUUGUAGAGGGAGAAAAUAACCUGCCAUGCCUGUGUUAGUCUCAGAGACUAUGUCUUUAGAAUGCUAAAGCAAAAUUCACAUCAUGAAAGUGUUAGGAGAACCGCCAUAUGGUGAGAGAGCAAGGCACUGACACCAGACUCUGGGAGGUGCUCAGCAAGCUGACCUUUUCUGGUUGCUGCCCCCAAAAGAACGAAAUAUUGCCUUUUAAACUCUCGUGUUAUUACCACCAAGGUUUAAGGUCUGGACAGGAUUCGCUAUGCCCCUUUUUAAAGCUUUUGGAUUAUUGGAAUGUAGUUUUAAGCUAUUGGCUUCUAAAAUUCUCUAAUCACGGUCUAGGAAGAUGAUAAAGGAUGCCCAAAACCAUCCUUCUUCCACACCCCAUUAAAAUGUAGACUUGCAGGAAAGCUGUGGAAACCCAGAGCAGUGAAUUUUUGAACUGAAUCUGCUGAUAACAUGCCCCUCUCCAAAUAACUCCCCAAGUUAAAAAUUCCUCACUCUGAUGUGAUAGUAUUUUUCUGGACUGGUCCCUGAAGGAUCACGAUCAAGUGAUACUCAGAAACUGAGCUAUAUGCAACACAGCCUAGGACCCAGUGGGCAUUCAGUGAAUAUAUGAGAAAUUCUACAUCAUUCAGUCCUAAUGCUUCACUAAAACUUUAAACCAUAUCACAUUUUGAUUUUUAAAUGACUUCACCAAAACUGAAGUAGACCAAAGCAGCCAUUUUUAAAAAAACCACAAAAUAAGGCCCUUCUUGUUAUUAACAGUAUUAGAUGAAAAGUACCCUUUUAAAGUAUUUUAAUUAGGCAGGCAGAGAGUUUCACAGGCAGGGUAAAGUAGUAAAUACUGGCUAUAUUGCAGUGUCAGAACCUAUCUCUGUUUAGCACAAGCUAACAUGAUUCUGAUGGAUGUCCCAGCAUCAAGAAAAAAAAAUUAGUUUGUACAGAUGAGAGCAACCUGUCAGAUGAACUACCUACUUUUUUCUUACACGUUUUUUUUUUUAGGGAAAAUGAGUCAUUGGAUAUGUACCUGCUAUCAAGAAAUGGCCUAACCUCUCCAGCCACUGUGGAGUGGCAAGUCACCGUAUCACAGUGUGUUCUCUCCUCUGAGAAGUAUUCAGAAGGGAUUGCAACUAACCAGACUCUUAUUUAAUCAAAAUUGAAAUAUUGCUCAGUUGUGUUUCUCUUCUUUCCUUCCUCAAUACUUUGAGGUUAUUAAAGUAAAAUAAACGAAAGCAAACAAAAGAGGCAGCUUUCAGGCUAUUAAAUUCAUGAUGAAACAGAUAAUCAUGACAUUCACUAUAAAUUUAUAUUUGUUUUAUAUAUGUGUGUUAAUGCAACUGGAAUAUUUGACCUAAACAAGUGUCAAUUAACAUUCUCAUAUUUAUAUAGUGAUAUUAAAAUAAGUACAAUCAUCUUUGAUUUUGAUGUUGAGAGAAAUGUUUUACUGUUUAGUUAUUAAAACCCAUAUUGGCUUAAAAGUA